CCCCGUCCAUCCCUUCCCCUCCAGCUGCGGAGGCGUCCGAGCAGCUGGGCUGGGAGGGCUUCCAGCGCCUGCCGCAGCGGCUCCAGGAGGGGAAAAGCCAAGGCAAGCGGGCCGCCCUGCAUUGAAGGCGAGCUCUGCGCUCUGCCUUGCAAGGAAGGAGACCCGACCAUGGCUAUGGCUAUGGCUAUGGCUGCUGCUGGUGCGGCGGCGGCGGCGCCCUCCUUCUCUUCCUGAGGCUCCGGCGGCCACGUCCUUGGAGGCAGCAUGUGGCGCGGGCAGGCCCAGUUUGAGGAGACCAGGCAACAGCUCUCAAAGCAGCCAGUAGUGGGACAAUGGAAACCUCUUGCUCCAGCGAAUAGAGGUCAGGAACGACAGCACCCAAUGGACCCUUCCAUCAAAGACCUGGGCAAUGGAGAUGAGAACCAGACUGUUGCUCAGCUGAAUGUCUCACGCUUGCGCAGCUCUUCGGUGGAGAUCCGUGAGAAGGGGUCUGAAUUCCUGAAAGAAGAGCUCCAUAGGGCUCAGAAGGAGCUGAAGUUGAAGGAUGAAGAAUGUGAGAGACUUUCAAAAGUCAGAGAGCAAUUGGAGCAGGAGCUGGAGGAAUUGACAGCAAGCUUGUUUGAGGAAGCUCAUAAGAUGGUACGGGAAGCAAACACCAAACAGGCUGCGUCAGAAAAACAGCUGAGGGAAGCCCGAGGGAAGAUCGACAUGUUGCAGGCAGAGGUGACUGCCUUGAAGACCCUGGUGAUCACCUCGACUCCUUCCUCUCCAAACCGGGAGUUGCACCCACAACUCCAAAGCCCUUCCAAGGUAGUCUUCAGGAAAGGCCACGGGCGGAACAAGAGCACCAGCAGCACUGGCAUCAUCCCGGCGGCAAACCAGACCAUGUCUGUAGAGCCUGCCAGCAGUGAGUUCAAAGAGUCUGGGGUUCCCACUCUCCUCUCUCUGCUUCUCUGUAUCGUUCCUGCGAAGGCUCUCCACAUCACCUACGAGCCAAGCUGGCAAUCCCUGGCAGCAGACUCUUCUUUCUCUUCUUUUUCACAGCAGGUGGAUUCUAUUCUGUUUGCAGAAUUCCAGGCUUGGAAAGAGUCUCCCACAUGGGACAAAGCAUGUUCUUUCCUUGAAAGGAUUUAUCAAGAAGACGUGGGGCCAUGUCUGGAUUUCACCAAGCAUGAGCUCUCAGAGCUGGUUCAAGCAGCCGUGGAGCAGAACACACUUACCAUUGAGCCUGUGGCGACCCAGGCGCUGCCUGUGGUGAAGGUGUCAGCCAUUGAAUGCGGUGGACCAAAUGGAUUCCGGUCCCCAGUUGUAACGAAGUGUGCUCUGAGUGGUCUGUCUAGAGCUUGCAAGCAUCGCAUCAAACUGGGGGAUUCUGGGAAUUAUUACUACAUUUCACCUUCCUGCAGGGCCAGGAUUACAGCAGUAUGCAACUUCUUCACUUACAUUCGCUACAUCCAGCAGGGACUGGUAAGACAGGAUGUGGAACUGAUGUACUGGGAAAUCAUGCGGCUCAGGAAGGAAAUGUCCAUGGCUAAACUGGGUUUCUUUCCCAAUGAAAUGUAGUUGGGAACUUGGAUUCUUGGAAGGAUUGUUUGUUCUGCAGCAACCCUGCUAGGCAGAGAGAGGACCUACUGCUACUAUUGAAAGCUGUGUGGUAUUAACUCAACUGAUGUCAAGAGCAGGAUUUCCCCAUCCAGUGAUUUGCUGCGCUUCCUGGAAAAUGCCUAUCACAAGGCGGAUUUGCCAGGGGGCACCAGUUUGCUGGUACAACUGAGUGAUUCCCCCUCUUGGGCUCUCCCUCCUUUUUUCUAUGCAUCCCAUAACCAAUAUAUAGUUAGAUUUAGAGUGUGUGCCAAUGUGUGUUUUGUGUAGUCUUAAAUUACCUGCUUCUGCAGGUCCCAAGACCUCGGCUGGAACUUGGUCUUUUUAUCUGCUUGCAAAUGUAAUAUCUUUGGGCAUUCCCACAUGAGAGAGAGAGAGAGAGAAAGAGAGAAAGAGAGAGAGAAAGAGAGAAAGUGUGUGUCUUUGAACUCAGAAUGCCAGCUGCUAGCUCCAGCUGUGCCCAUGGAAGGGGAGGGAGAAAAAUUACUCUCUGAAGGUACGCACCAUACAAUGGUUUUGCUUGAUAGCACCAAAACAUUUUUCCAUGCUUUCACCCUUUCUGAGGCAUCUCUCCUUCUUGGGAUCCCUGAAAGAGGGCGAGUGAUAAGGAAUGCCUUUAAUUCUAUUUAAAGCUCAGGAUUUGCUUUUUGGGUUGUGGAACCGAUGCUGAAACUCAUUCGGCAAAGAGAGGCAUCCAUUCUGGGCUAAAUACCCUGACUGGGGCCUCCGUUGUGAUGCAAAAAUUGGGAAGUUACAUAACAGAGAGCAAACCGCAAACUUGCCAAGGUCAGAUGCUUGGGACUACAGAUGUUGGAUGGUGGGGUUUUUUUCCACACUAAAGCACAGAAAGUUGGCUGCCCCUUUCAUUCUCGUGGGAGCAGUUGUCCUCAGCUGACAUUUUCCUCUAUGCAGAUUGCUUGGCUUUUCUCUGUUCUGUAAGUUGGAAUUGUUCUUCCAUUGUGAUCCUGUGUUAUCCGGUCUAUGACAUUUGAGACAUGCUUUAGCUGAUUCUGGUUAGAUACUUUAAGAAAAAUAUUCCACUUUCAAUUAUAUCUUCAUGCUGACUAAGGAAUUCUGGUAGUUGUAGUCCAAAUAGUACCUCUGAAUUCCCAAGCUUUGGACAUGUCUAAGGACACUGCAAACUUGUUGUCCCUAGCAUUUCCUCCUCCUCCUCCUCCUCCAUUCACAUUCUAGGCGGAUGAGGGAACAUGCAGCCCUCCAGAUGUUACUGGAGCACACCUCCCCCCCCCCCCAAAUUUGCGUCACAGCUUCAGAGCUUUUCUGGCAAGAUCUGAAAGAGUUAUGUCAACACUUCCUUUCUUUUUUAAAGUGGAGGUUAUUCAGAUGUUGGUUAGAUUAAAGUUCCUCAAAACUCUGGGGCAAAGGAGAACAUAAAGUAUACUUAGACUUGGUUUUUGAUUUGCAAACCAUGGAAUUGGAAGAAUGGUUGGAUUUUGACACAGAGGGAAAAUCUGUUAGAAUUUCAUUAUGGAAGUUUCAAAGGGAAGAGAGAAUUGGAUUUCUCUUCUGGAGACUGUGAUUGGCUUCUGCAAUGAGAGUUGUCAAGGUGCCUUUUUCAGGUAGGCACUCCUUUUGCCCUUUUCUCCCAUUCUCAUAUAUAUGGAGGGCUGGUUGGUGGCUAUAAGUGAGUAUUGUGCACAUGCUUCAAAGCAUACACUAAUUUAUAUUCCACAGGUGAGCUCUGUUGGUGAGAAUGGGGCUUUGAAUGUAAGCUGUGCACCAAUGCUACCACCAUCCAUAGUCAAAACAUCCUAUAUUUAAGGAAUGACUCUGAAACAUGGGCUGGAUCACCUCUCCGAGGCCCCUUCCAUACAGCUGUAUAAAAUCCCCAUUUAACUGGAUAAUAUGGCAGUAUGGACUCAGAUAACCCAGUUCAAAGCAGAUAUUUUGGAUUGUCUGUCUUAAUAUUUUGGGUUAUAUGGCUGUGUGGAAGGGGCCCCUAGUUCCAUCAGACCCAAAACAAACUCCAGAAUGAAACUUCCUGGCUUGCAUCAAAGUUUUUUUUGCACCUUUUUGGUUGGCAGGUUGUCUGGCUGCCCUGCAUGAUAUGCCUGGUUCUGUGUGUAGCCUCUUGACACCUGCCUUCCCAGUUCCUCUCCUUGGAAGAGUGGCAUCCUAUAAGCUUUCAUAGGAAAUACUCUCUUGCCUUUUGUAUUGCAGUAAGGGCCCGUGCAAUUGAAAGCCCUGUAGGGCUUUAUUGAAGUCAGUGGCUAUUUUUAGCAAUCUCUCCUUUAAUAUUACAGGUAAAUGGCUGUCCAUUUGGACCCUGGCUAAUAGAGUAGAAUUUGUGGGUUACCUGCUGCUUAGUGCCCCAGCUCUUGUCCCAGAGCUCUCUGUCAUCCUCAUCAUUUGUAGUAGCACUUGCAUGCGAAGGAUUAUAAUCAAUGUAAAUACAGUACAUAUAUGUGCUAAACUAAAAAUGCUUCUCUCUGCAAAUAUAUCUGGGAGACGAUACUAUUGGAAUAAUACUUACAGGAGAACAGUGUGCAACUACGUUUGCCUCUUCCUAUUUUGAAUGAAGGUUUCUGUUUGUGAAAAGACAAGCUGUGUCCCAUGGGAUCCAGAGGAUUCACCACAAACUGCUCAAAACCUAUCUUGUGAUAGACAAACAAGUUAAUGCCCAGCAGAUCUAUACAUUACCGGAUUUUUAGUGGCUUGUUCUGUUUCCCAGGUUACCUUUCUGAAUUCUAGGCCCCCUCAACUCUCUUUGCGUGGUUUCACUCAAAAAAUAAAUUAAGCUUCCUUGCAAUUGCCUUCUUUUAAAAGAAAUAAUCAGAGAGCAUGUCCAUGCCAUACUGACAUAGUUUUUAAGUCACCAUAUCUCCUUAUCUCCGAAUAAUGGAGACUCUAACUCACUGAUUCCCAAACCCGGUCCUCUAAGCCAGUGGUUCUCAACCUGUCGGUCCCCAUGUGUUUUGGCCUACAACUCCCAGAAAUCCCAGCCAGUUUACCAGCUGUUAGGAUUUCUGGGAGUUGAAGGCCAAAACAUCUGGGGACCCACAGGUUGAGAACCACUGCUCUAACAGCUCUUUUACACUGCCCUUUAUCCCAGGAUCUUAUCCCAGGUUAUCUGCUUUAAACUAGAAUAUAUGAGUCCCCACUGCCAGAUAACCUGGGAUAAACAGAUGAUUUGAGAUCCGAUCCUGGGGUAUAGGGCAGUAUUAAAGGGCCCUAAGUGUGUUGGACUUCCCAGAAGCUUUAGUUGCUUUGGCUACUGAUCAGAGAUUAUGGGAGCUGAAGUUCAAAAACCUGGAUGAUCAAAAUUUGGGAAACACUAUUCUAGCCUAGUCAAUGCUUAAAUGUGAAUUUAGAUCAGGUCUGCAAAACCUGGUGUUUUGACUUCUCCCAGAAUUCCUGGACAUUGGACAAGCUGGUCACAGGUUGUGCAUACCUGAUCUAUAUAGACACGUUUCGGCUUUCCAGAUGUUGGGACUAUAGAUGUUGGAACACCAACUCCAGCUAUUAGGAGAUUGUGGGGAGGUAAAUGGGUGUUGUGACAAUAUCCACUACCAGUAAUUUCAUGGUGUGAUUGGCAGGGCUGGUUUUAAACUUCUGGGUCGUAAUACUGUUCCUGUUGAACAGUAUGCAACAGAUUAUUCCUCUAUAAGACUGAAAGAGGAUAAGUAAAGGCUUCUAGCAAUCCUCACCCUGAAAAACAUUUUUCACCAGUCAGAUUGUUUGUGGAUGGGGAAUUAAAUAGUGAAAUGAAACUCUGGCAUAGGCAAGAUAAUGUUUUGGAACUUUUGCUAUCUGGUUUGCUUGUUGUUGGGUUUUUUUUUUGCUUGCUUGCUUUUAAAAAGUCCCACAAAGUCUGAGAUGGUGGCUACACAAGGCCUGCUGCCUCACCACCCCAUUGUAGACAGUGUUAAUCAUUUAUGGAUCCUGUGGGAAGGAUCUGUAUUCAGUAGCGAGGAAUGGAACCUCGCUGUGUGUAAAAUUAGCGAUUCUGUACUCAAAGAUGCCCUCUGGAGGGCUUGUAAAGCUGUUGUUCCCAUUGUUUGCUUUUUGAGCUUUUCGGGGCUUUUAAAGCAUAUGUGAAGGCAGUUAAUGAAAUUAGCCUGUAAUAAUGUUUCCUCAGCUUAUUUAUUGAAAGCUGGUUCCUUGAAAGGAAACGAUCACAGUUUACAGUUCAAUAUGCCCAUUGGAGUGUGUUGAAUGGCAGGUUCUCUUGCAUUGUGAUAAGAUUUAAUGUAAUGUCUAAAAAGCCAUUUCUUAUGUCUAACCCCUCCCAUGGAAUUAUGUUUUCCUUUCUUUUGAGAUCGUAACUUAUUGCCUUCUUUUGUUACUUGUUAUUUUCCCAUUGCAUGGGGGUGAAAUUCCAAUCAGAAUGCCUCUAAAAAUGCCCUUUCGAAUUAGAUAGAACAAGGUAGCCAAUUGAAAUAUCCACACCUAGUUCUUUCUCCCGCCCUGGACUUUCCACAGAUACAUAAACCCAAUUUUCCUAGUUUCCAACAGACCUCACAACCUCUGAGGAUGCCUGCCGUAGAUGCAGGUGAAAUAUCAGGAGAGAAUGCUUCUAGAACAUGGCCAUACAGCCCGAAAAAACUACAACAACCCAGACAGAACAUAAUUAGAAAACAUUACUAUUCCCUACUGCUAGAAAGAGCUGCCAUUUCUAUUGGUUACAUUGUUUUUUCAGGUACGUUUGUUGCACAUUGAUAACUUGUUACAAGUAAUGGCAUUUGUAAUGUGUUGCUUCCAAGCUCUGGUGAUGCCUUAAUAGUCAUGUGCCUGCACAGGGGUGCGUUGGUGUCUAACUUCAAAUGCUUCCAAGUCCUCCUUGCCAAUGUGACUUUUGAGGAAGAAUGUCAACCUGACAAACAGGCCCCAUUUGAAACAUUUCUCUGCUUGAAUGAAAAAAAUGAAGGUCUUGCUCUACUUCCAUGUACUUGAAUGACUGUCAGAUUUUUUUCAGUACUGACCAAUGGGCAGCACCUUUCAUCAUACAUAAACAUAGCUUAGUGGACACAGGGCAGGCUAUGUGGCACAUUAUUUUCUUUACUUAAAGCUUUGCUGCCACCUCCCAGAUUCCGCUGCCUGAGGUCACUGCCUUGCUUUGCAUUCUGGAAGACUAGCCCUCUUGAAGAACGGAUGCAGCUUCUUCAAGUACAUUCCACAAAGCAAAAUGAAGGAUUGAAGGCUAAAGACACUGCAUGUGUCACUGGUAAAUAGGAACAUGUUCAGUCUGGUCAAUGCAUAGAUACAUGAAAAUAUUUGCCUUUAUUUGAAUGGUUCAGAUGCUGUAAUUAAACCGCUAAUACAUGAUAAUGAUGAUUGACGAUGAAGUGUUUGCCCAAGAGCAUUUCUGACCUGGGAAGGGCUUAACUUUUCUCUCUUGCAGAAAGGGCAAGUAUUUUAACUGUUCUCCUGGUUGUGUUACUAUAUCCUCCUUUAUAUCUUCCUAUUUUAAUAAAAUAUAUUGAUCUCUAUUUAAUAAAUAGACUCCAGUUCUGACAGUGAGGCUGGUACUUGUUGCCUUUGGGCUGCUCUGUUCGUUUUGAAAACUGCAUGUAUUCCAAAUGUAAAAUAAACAAAGCACAUUUCGAAA